AUGCCGAAGCCUGACCGCGAGUCCGAUGAAUAUCGACUAUCUAAUACGUCGCUCGCCGAUACUGAAGUUUCUAGAAAUGUCGCGAUUGCCGAAGAGCUGCAAAGACAAGAUCGAGGCCGACAGAUCCGAAGCGAUCGAGACGAUGAAACGACGACGCCCCCGUACCAUAAGGAAAAGUAUUCUCUCAUCGAUUAUCGCAAACUACCCUCCGCUAACUUCGAAGCGGUGCAGACGGAGCGGCGCGACGAGCGAAUCACUCACGAGAGCGUCUAUGUCGCGGGGAAAAUCGUAGCAACCGAACUAGCUGGCGCCGAGUCGGACACUGAUAGCGAGGGGUCAAGACGGAUGCAGGAGGCAGUCGACCCAGUGGCCAGGAAACAGGAGGUUCUCGCGAGGAUACAGAGCCUCUAUGUGGAGGACCCUUACCGAGAAAUUGGAGUGGCCGGAGAACUAGUCGAGGAGGUGGCAGAAGAGAACAAGUCGCUGCUAUGGUUUCUGCUGAAGCAGGUCCGGCCUGGGAUGGACCUCAGCAAAGUGGUGCUCCCGACCUUCAUCCUGGAACCCAGGUCGUUUCUGGACAAACUCUCCGACAACUACUAUCACGCAGAUCUUUUGGCGCAGGCGCAGUCUUGCGAUGACCCAUACCAAAGAUUCAAGGGUGUACUGCGGUGGUACCUGUCCGGACUCUACAGGAAACCCAAGGGGCUCAAGAAGCCUUACAACCCGGUCCUGGGGGAGACGUUUCGGUGCUGCUGGAAGCACAGGAAUGAGACAUACACAUAUUAUGUUGCGGAACAGGUAUCCCAUCACCCCCCCAUGUCGGCAUUCUACGUGUCGAACAGAAAGGAGGGCUUCGUCAUAGAAGGCAGCUUGCUGGCGAGAUCCAAAUUCUAUGGCAACUCAACAUCGGCCAUUUUGGAAGGGUGUGCUAGAAUUCAUUUGCUGAAUUGGGGGGAGAGUUAUAUAACCACAGCGCCGUAUGCCCACUGCAAGGGUAUUGUGAUUGGCACGCUCAGUAUGGAACUUGGAGGCAAGGUGCACAUCAUAUGUCAAGAAACGGGUUAUCAGGCGGAUGUUGAGUUCAAACUUAGAUCGUUUUUGGGUGGUUCGGAUCAGACGAACGCAAUAACCGGGCGGAUAAAGCGAGGUAAAGAUACUGUGGCGACUCUGGAGGGAUACUGGGAUGGCAGGAUUGACAUCAAGGACAAGAGGAGUGGGGAGGAGGGCAACCUGCUGGACGUGUCGGUGUUGAAGGAGCAGCGGCUGCCGCGAUACCUGGUGCAGGUGGAGAAACAGAGCGAGUGGGAGUCGCAGCGGCUGUGGAUCAAGGUGUCGGAGGCGAUACAGAACGAGGACCAGGUGGUGGCUACGGAACAGAAGACGAUCAUAGAAGAGGCGCAGCGGGCCCGCGCAAGGAACGUACUGACCCCGUGGGAGCCCCGGCUGUUCCACAAGGACUCUAGUGCUCUGCCCCCGGAAGGUAUAAUUGACCAAGGAUGGAAAUAUAAUCACACAAAUACGAGACCGUGGCAGCCAGAAGAGCUAAUAGAGUAUGAAGAUGACUUCGUCAUCACGACAGCGAAGGUUGGAGCUCCACUGGUAGCCCCGGUGGAGACGCGGCUCAGGGAGCUGGCGCCCAGAAUGUCAGACUCUGACAGUCAUGACGACGUAGCCAGGAGAUCAAAGACUUCCACAAGGACAAUAAAACAUACUCUGCAUUCGAUCGACGCAACACUCCGGGAGCAUACCCUGGCCAUUGAGAGGCUGUCCAGAGCGGUGGACAGCAUCUCGGAGGGUCAGCGUGCUACGGCAUACCACCCGCAGCCACGAGCACCUCCUGCCUCCCACUCUUGGGACCUCUUUGGUGGCUUCGUCCUCGCCAUGAUCCUACAGACCCUCCUGAACUGGUUGUUCUACAAUAGGGUCUAGCGUGGGCCGAUAGUAUUUGAGAAACAUUUUACAUUUUCAGCUGAUGGUGAUUGAUACGUCCUGCGCAUUACAAUGCAGCGCCGCUCAGGAUUUUCUUGACCCAAAUAUUCUGAGCGACACUACAAUUGCGCUCGUCACCUCGAGACAUAAGAUGAUAAGUCUCAUUUGUCCAUUUAUACGUCUAGAUAGACUAUGAAAACGUAGAAAAAAAAUUUAGGUUGACAGAAAAACCUGUAAAUUUAAAUAAAACACUUUUUAAAUGAUUGAAACAAAAAAAAAAAUGUUAACCCGAGUUUUCGAGACCUUUCCAGAUCACGUUUUCAAGGGGACGAGCUAAAAACACAAUUAAAAUUACACGCGUUUUAAUUCUUUAAAAAGUGUUUUAUUUAAAUGUGUAAAACUCUUAGUAACCACAGAAUACAUUAGCUAACCUCUAUUUUGAGCAAUGCACGCAUACUAACACCAACUGUCAUACAAAUUGCAAAUGUAAGCCUCAGAUUGUCACGCACACUAAACUAAUAUUCCUGGCCUGUUUUCAUCGGUUGUCUAGCAAAUAGAGACUCUAUCUAGACGUAUAAAUUAUCUAUUAAAAACUUCUUUGUAAUAAAUAAUUUGCGAACAAUAUUUAUAACCGCUUUUCAUAUUCGUCUUUGAGACGUCACCAAGCACUGGUACAGUCAGCAUAUUAUAUGAAUUUAAUUUAUUUGAAAUAAUUUAAUAAUACUUGAUUUUGUCUAAAUGUUUUAUUUUAAUUAUCCAUAUUAUAUUAAUAAUUAUAUUUUCAUUAUUCGAUUAUAAUAGAUAUACCCCGGACCGACGAAUGAAGAUAUUCAGUGCGUUUUUUCUUGAAAAAUCUUGUAUUGUUUACAGUUAUUUAUGUUAUAGUUAAAUAUUUCGGCUUUAUCGUCAAAUUACAUCGAAGGUGUAUGUAAUAUUAUGUUAACAAUACGUUUUCAAUUUCUUUAUAAUAUAUCUGUGUUUGGACCAGUGUGGGUAGUUUGAAAAAAAAAAAACGCCCUUGAAGCAACUACCCUUAACUGAUUGAGUUACUGUAGAGCAAGACUUGGAAACCGUUAAUAAUUCUAACCGGUUACCGCUAAAAUAUUUAUCGUAUACCAAACCGUUAUAUAUUCAGUUGUUUAUAUUUAAAAUGUAAUUAAUAAAAAAAAUAUUACAUUUUUCUUGGUUAAUAUAAAAUUGUAUUGUAUUAUUAUGUGUAAUGGACCAGUUAGAUUUUAAUUUAAACGAUUCAAAACGGUUUUUGUACCGACUGAAAAAUCGUAAGUCUUAAGCGUUGUAAGAUCUUUUGUUUAUUUAAAUAAUUUUUUAUGAAUAUUUUUCUCGGUAAAUCGGGAACUAUUCGAAAAUAUUAAUUUCAAUGGAAUUACAAUUAAAAAUUAUAUUAUUUUCUAAUAAUAAUAGUCCUUAUGCAAUACUUGUCUUUCACGAAAUUCGUCAAUUGUUAAGGCACGAAUUUUUAUCUGUGUAUGAAAAUAAUUUCAAAUACGUAAAUUAUACCAUUGUAUUUGCGGGACUGUAAAUAAAAUGUUACAGGCAAAAUUUUAUCCAAAUCAGUUUAACAGAUUAAAAGCAGGGGAUGGAUACAUAAAAUCUGGGGAUGCGUACGAUUUCCCUAAAAAAAAUUAAAUUUAUUGACUACUUGCCUGUUCUAGUCUCGUUUAACAAGAGAUAAUCGCGGCCACUUUUCAACUCUCGCGUACAAAAUUUCCGAUAGUAUAUGUUAUAAUGCCAAUUAAUAAUAAUUCCAACGGUUGACGUAAAGAAAUCGGAUGAUGGAAUCCGGAUCUAGUGCGUAAACUACCAUAGAAAUGGUUCUACGACUACUUCGGACCGUGUUUUCACGGGUACGGAUCGGAUUCGGAUCGGACGUAGUGCGAAUGCGCUCUUAGGGUUAAAUGAAUGUGUUUGAUGCAAGAUGCGAUAUCUUGUCAAUUAUAAAAAAAAAAUAAGAUUCACAACGCAAUUUCUGAUUUUAGUAUCUAGAGCACGUGAACGUGUCAAAAAUACUUUUUUCUCUAAUCUGAACACAGAGUAGAUAUAGUAUAGUGAAAGUUCAAUGACCGAAAUUCUCCUAUAAACGCGACCUAAAACUUUGUUCAUAAAUUUCUAAUAAUAUUAUUAUAUUUAACGGAGAUAAAUAUUAUUUAUUGUAUAAUUAUUAAUACGUAGUAAAGCUUAUCCCAAAAAUGCAAUGUAAAUAGUUCCUUUUCACUAUCUAAAAAUGUUUUCGAUAAUUUCUUGCUUUUAGGCUUUAGAGUAGUUAACCAGGCGGAGACGGCGUUCAUAAAUGUAGUUCAUAUACAACGUGGCGCUGCAAUGGCGACAUUAAAUAAACAAAUUUUGUCUUCAGUUUUAUUUUUGUAUUUAAUCCCAGAAGUCAGGGUUAUCACUUUAAAACAUAACAAAUUGUUUAGAUUAGCAAGAGCGAUUAUAAUAGAUAUAACCCCGACCAGGAAAUGAACAUAUUCAGUGCUUUUUUUUUUCUUGAAAAAGCUUGUAUUGUUUAAAGUCCUUUAUGUUAUAGGAACCACUCAAGUUAAAUAUUUCGGCUUUAUCGUCAAAUUCCGUCGAAGAUUAUGUUAACAAUACGUUUAUAUAUAUAUCUGUGUUUGGACCAGUGUGGGUAGUUUGAAAAAAAAAACGCCCUUGGAGCAAUUUCCCUUAACUGAUUGAGUUACUGUUCAGCAAGACUUGGAAACCGUUAAUAAUUCUAACCUGUUAUCUCUUAAAUAUUUAUCGUUCGCCUUGUUUUGACUUACGCGGAAUUAACCGGUUCAUGACGGUUCUAUAAACAAAUAGUACUAAACGGUUUUAGAUUCAGUUGUCACUUUAAAAACAUAACAAAUUGUUUAGAUUUACAAGAGCGACAUGUCAAGUCGCCACAAUCUCAGAGUUGAACAAAGCAUGCAAAAUUUUAUCAACGAUACGUCACUCGGACGGUUGGCUCAGUUGGAAAGAGCGCUCGCACAGGACGCGUCGUUCAUAAAAAUUUUGUUAUCAGUUUUAUUUGUGUAAUAAACACAUGGGUAGUUACUACUUCACAGUUAUCGUAAAAAAAAUGCAAUAAUUAAAUACAUAAUUCAGCUAGAUAAAUAAUUGAUCCAUAAUAUCAUUUUGGAGCACCCUGUAAGUAAUCUAGUAGCCUCGUCCUAGCGUAGCCACUGACACCUGCUUUGUCCGUGUUUAACAACCACGUAAGGGUGAUUAAAAUAUUGUUUCCUAAAUAUAUAUAUUUGUUUGUUUGAAAACAUCAAAAUUUCAAUUCAAUUAAAUUUUCAUUAUAUGCGAAUUUGGGUGAUAUACAGGUGUUGAAUAUCUACGAAAAUAUAUGACCAACCCAAACUCUGCUUAGUUACAGCAUGCAACAUUAAAAAACAACAUAUUUCUAUACUAUUACAUAAUGUUCUUAAUAUUAUUAUCUCUAAAUGAAAACUACGCUUAAAAAUCCCACUUACAAAACCGAAAAGUAACACAUAACUAAAAAUUAAAUUUAGUACACCUCUUAUGCAAACCUUUACCUUUAAUAUUAAUAAAAUACUAUUAUUUGUAUGUGCUACGUACUGAUAGGUUUUCAAUUAUUUACUUUAAAUUUUUGAUUUUUUUUUACGAUUGAGGUUAAAUAGCUCUAUAGCUAGUGGGUUCGUUUAAUGUCGCCAAUAUAGCGCCAUCCUGUAUAAUAAAAAUAUAUUUUAAUUAUUAAUUUUGACUAUGUAGUAAUUAUUAUUAAAUAACAAACCCUUGUGAUUCGAAUGAGAAGAAGUGCCGAUUAGUUCACUCAUUCUUUUCAAUAUUUUAAAGCGAGGUCCUUGUUACGUUUACAGUAUUUGGAGUACACCACUCUUUGUUGAAGUUUUGCCAGAACCGCAAUGAGAUCACAUAAUUAAUCCCCAUAUAUUUAUGUACUCGCGUAGACUUGAUAUAUAUGAAACUCGUAUCAUUGACGUACAAUAAACAACAAUACUCCCAAUCGCCUGUUAAACGGUCGUCAAAAAUUGUCCGAAUUGCGUUGUAUUUACAUAUACAUUUAACUUAUACAGAUAACAUUAAAACAUUCAUUCAAAUUAACACCUUAUUUCGUGGCAGUAAUGUUCAAAGUCUAUUGUAUGCGCUCAUUGGAAGCUGGGAUGCGAACACGAGUCAUAAACAUUUUAUUUUAUCAAUUGAAAUGAUUAAAAACGCCAGUUUGUUAAUUUAAAGGGGCACUUCCCUAAAAUACGACACUCCAUCUAUUUUAAGUUUGCAUUUGCAAGUUAUUGCGUGGCGUUGUAUUCAAAGCGCGGUCGAAACACAACUGUACGAAAACUCUACCCAAUAGACGCGUAGGCAGACUUUUGCUUCAGACAAUAUUUAAGCGUGAUUAUGAAUCUAAUUGUUUAUUGUACUUCAGUGACGCCAAUCUCCGCAGGCCUUUAGUUUUGUAGUAUGGGACACACGGGUGUAGUGAAGUGCAGGUAUCUAUCGGUGCAACGAGAAACAAGUCGAUAUAAAUUUUGGAAACCCGGUUGGUUGUAUUUUAUUUUUAACGUAAUUUAAUAAUAAAACUUUCCUAAAAUAUUCCCCUAAGAUACACCUCCUGCAUUAGUAAGUACUUUAAGGCACCCGACAGUUUAAUGUAAUUAAAAUAAAUUUCAAGUCACUUUCAAUAAAAAAAAUUGAAAAUGAUGCGAACAAUUUAUCCAAUAUAGAUAGAUAGCUUUGUUUUUUAUAAUAUAGAAAUAUUUAUUUUGAUUUUGUUUUAUGGCAAAAUAAUUUCUCGUGUAACAUGUUUAUAAAAAAAAAUUUCGUCCAUUGAUAAAAAAUAUUAAGAUUCGUUUAACGGCCGUUCCCGAUAUUCUAUCUACAGAUAGAGAUAAAUUACUACCUUCUACUGUCAAUAAUUAGAAGCUGUCCCAAUAUACCCGAUAAAUCAUUCUUAUCGCCUUAUACUGGGACGCGUGAAUCGCAAUUUCCAUACAAACUUCUAUCGCUGGUACGCUAUACGUCCUCCCAUUGACAGGCAUCGUGUACGGAUAAGGUGAGUUGCCGUCGAUAAGUUUAUUGGGACAGAAAAGUCAACGAUAGUUACGAUUUUUAUCUCAAGUAGGCCACAACCGGACAUAGACUGAAUAUUAGGAACGGCCGUGAGUUUACAGUUUUGUUGGUACAGUUGAUAAGAUUUUUAAGAAGAUUAAUUUUUCAAGUAAGCACUUAAUAUUAUCCUGUGUAUUAUCUAUAUAUAAUAAUUUGUGUUUUGUUUUGCAUUUAGCUAAGAACGAUAGAUUGUUAUUGUUACUGUUACUUUUGUUUAUUGAAUAUAAUAUAUAUUUUUUUUUCAAUUUAAA